AUGAUCCCACUCAAAGGGAUGAUGCCGUUUGUCUCCAGUUAUUCAAUGACACUAUCGAGUACAGUCACAAAGAAAGUCGAUACGCGUGGCAUUGAAAAAUUAUUUUUGAUGAUGGCACUCCACCCUGACUGCAGGGACUACACGCGUUUCUUGUGGAUGAAUGAUGCAACGCAACCAUUAACCUCCAUUAAUAUCCUGACCAAAGUAGUGACUCCACUUUCACAAGCACUUUCUGAGCACUUAUGUAGGCAACGUAUGUAUGUGUUUCACGGCGUCAGUGAUGUUGCCGAUGAAAAGAAGUUCUACGCUGACUCCAAAGAACUGUUUCGUUGA